AUGACGGAUGAAAUAAGUGACCAACGUUUCCUUCGAUUUAAGCACCGGCUUGAGAGUCUUAGCGGACGAGAUGAUGGAAAUGUUUUAAGCAUUUCAAACCAAAAAGGAAUCCUUGACCAAUCAAGCAAGUCCGGCACGGAAGCACAACAACGCAACUGGUGUGACCACUGGAAACAAUAUGUAUGGUUCAUUCUGGGGAAAGGUAUACCCAUAUCCAAGAGUGAAGAGGUUCAUUUGCAUGCUGUUCAUACUGAUACAAGUGUCUCAUAUAAUCUUGUAACCCCGACCACUGAGAUUAGCACAUGUGAUGCUAGUGCUGGAGAUUCUCACCUCACAUUGUCUCCUAAAAGAAUUGAAAUAGUUCACCCACUACGUGUUGUUACAGAUGAUAGUGUGUUCUUAUCGCUUCUUGUAACACAUCUCUCAAAAACACCAGAGGUGAUAUCACUGUUUCUUGGACUGCGGGAGAGGGUGCACAGUAUUUGCAGGCAGUUGCUGAUGCUAAUGGCUUUACAACAGAUCGUAUAG